UCGCUAUGCCAGGAUGAAUUUGUUUGUUCUUUCCGUAUCCCCUCAAGCAAACAAAUCUUUCUACCGUCAUCGCUCUCUUUAGAUCAGAAAAGCAAGCAAGUGGGAUGAUUUCGACUUCUUCCUCGAGCAUGCUUCUCCCCGUCAGGCUGCAGGAAUGAUUUACCAUUCGAAUUUGGUUUUGGACUUGUCGGAAGCCAUGGAAGUUCCAAACUGCGAGAUGGAAAGGUGCAGUAAAUGAACUUGGGAAUUUGAGCAGUGUUUGCUGCUUCGGUUCUCACUGUUUCUGAGAUGGCACAUGAUGGGUUUAUUUAAAUGGUGAGUAAUGACUUCUUGGAUUACACGUAUUUUGAAUCUCUACCUUUAAACCACAAACUCUUAUUGUAUUCCGACGUCAUAACCCCUUUAACCAGAUUAUAUCUUCAGACAGCUCAUCAACAACGAAUAUGGAAACUUCACUCUAUACAGCAACCUGCACUGAGUGCUCCAAGACUUUCCACGGGGCACGGCGACUUGAUUCGCAUAUACGUACUGUGCAUAAGGAUGAAGAGGAAUGUUCUAUCUGCCACGCAAUGGUAAAGGAUUUAGUCCAGCAUAAACGCAGAGUGCAUUGCAAAGGUUCUCGCACUACCAAACGACCAUCACUUUGUCAAUACUGCGGCAAUUCGUUUUUAAAAAUCGAGAGGCACAAGUGCAAGAAUAAGAUCAACAAAACUCCUAUUCAGCCAAUACUUCCCGCGCCAGCUCCUGCUUUCGCUGACAAUGAAAGCUCCCAUCAUUCCUCCUUCACGCGUUGCCUAAGUAUGUAAUUACAUAACCUGAGCAACACGCAUACUGACAACGAAGCAGCUAAUGUCCCCUUACCAGCAUUCUAUCCACUCCCACACUCCGUCGAUGACAGUGCCAUUUCUCCCCUCUCCUUAUGCUCGGCAGCUCAAAUGCACCAGUUGUCAUUCUAUGAUCCAUGGGCUGAGAAUGAAUCCGCAUUCCGACUCACCAAAGACCUACAAACGACGCCCUCGCAAAUGCCGUCACAAGUACGCUCUGUAGAAAUGGACACUAUGAGCUCCGCAAUCAAUCAAAGCACACCUUUUGACCCGACAAGCGUGCCCCCGGAGAUUGCAUCGGCUUAUUCUUACAGACUCAGCAGCACACUUUCGCUUCCUCUCGACGCCAUAUCAUACAAUCAAGGCGCAGGUACUACUUCAAAUACCGGAGCUAUUCGUAAUGCUACAACACUAGAUCACGAUAUUCUGUUACCAACUAUUGAAACUCCCGAUGCAGAUCAUCCAUUUGUCGAGGAGUUUGAUAUGGUUGGUUCUGGUGUGAGUGCUAUGGAAUUCGAGAAUCUAAUGAAUUGGGGGAUUUUUGGGGAGCAUGGGCGUCCAGGGUUCCUGUAAGAACUUUACAUAGUGAAAUUGGCACUUUGCCGUGAUUGUUUAAGGUCAAUUUUUUUGGGUUAUUGCUGGUUUCGAAUGAAUUUCACUUGCUCCUGGGAAUAUGUAAUGUCAUGAUUUCAUAGGUUAGUAAGUUGAUUGAAUAACUAUCAUGUAUCGCUAGUGGGCAUAAUUUCUUUAGAUUCUAUAAUCU